UGAAGAUGAUGUCUGCAAAAGACAUGGUUAAGGUCAUGGUUGUCAUGUUUGCAAUUUGCUUUCUUGCAAAAUCGGAUGGGAAACCUGUUAAGAAGAGGUCUGUGAGUGAAAUACAGUUUAUGCAUAACCUGGGCAAGCAUCUGAGCUCCGUGGAGAGGGUAGAAUGGCUGCGGAGGAAACUACAGGAUGUACACAACUUUGUUGCCCUCGGAGCUCCAAUAGCUCACAGAGAUGGUGGUUCCCAGAGGCCCCGAAAAAAGGAAGACAAUGUCCCGGCUGAGAACCAUCAAAAAAGUCUUGGAGAAGCAGACAAAGCUGAUGUGGAUGUGUUAAUCAAAGCUAAAUCCCAGUGAAGACAGAGCAGAGCACUGCUAUAUACAGGAUAGGGCAACAAAAUUACAUGCUGCUAACAUUCUCAAGCUUUGAAGAUCACCAAAUGCCAAUAUUUACGUCUAAUCCAUGGCUAGCCACGAUAGCUGAAAUUCUGAUUGAUUGUUUUGAUUCUACUUUUAUUCAUGUAAGACCUCUUUUAAUUAUUCCAUUUCUGUUGUUUAUUCUUUUUAAAGUAUGUUAUUGCAUAAUUUAUAAAAGAAUAAAAUUGCACUUUGUAACUUCUC